CAGCCGCGUUCCGCGGCGUUCAAUCGGCAGAACCUCUCCUGGCUGGUCUACUUUUCCCCGCAACCGCGCCGGACAGAGUACUUCGACGUGGACGUCGAACGAGGAUCGGAAAAUUCCAUCGAGCGACGUUAAGAUUUCUUGGAAGAAGCUGUACACUCGUCUCUUCUCCCGUUCUGCGAACUUUUUCUAACGAAGUGCGUAAAUCUUCAGGACGUUGAGCGAGGAGGAUAGUAAAUGUUUAAAAAUUAUUUUAUGAAGCGUCGUUCUCCACUGCGAACCGUAGAAGUCAGCUGAUAAAUAGUUAUUGCCUGUUUGAAAGUUUCCUCAUUGAUGAAGCUCUGAGGGGCUUCGCGUUUCAUUAAAAGUUCGAAGACUAGUCUCGUUUUCCGUUAAACUUUCACUGAUGAGACUGAAACGCAUUGGGAGAUGUAUUGAAAUAUCGUCGAGAGGUGAAUUAAUUAUUCGAGCUGAGCCUUAAUGGGUCCGUGGAAGAAUGGCAUAAUCGCUUGAGGACUCGGUGGAAGGGUGUUCAUCGUCGUUGGAAGGACGCCCACGACGACCCACGUCGCGAUGACUGUUUCUCGCGGCUUUACCUGCCCGGUUCGGCAAACGUAGGCAGGCCAAAAUCACCUCCGAAACUCGAUGUGACUCACUGGCCUCCCGAUCGCACCACGGAUUCAUUAUAAGCCAAUACAAGCAGACGCCGAAUUCGUAGAUCGGUCAGUCGAUCGGAAGCGAAGAAGAGGAAGUGAUAUUAUAGACUUUCGACGAGAGCAAUAUGAUGGAAAGGAACCGAAGGACCUGAACAGGAAGGCCUCGGUGGUUGCCUAAGCCCUGACACCCGAGCGCGAGCACUGUGAACGAUGGUCGACUACUACAAAGUACUAGAAGUGCAGCGGACCGCGUCCAGCGGCGACAUAAAAAAGGCAUACAGAAAAUUGGCGUUGAGAUGGCACCCUGAUAAGAAUCCUGAGAACUUGGAAGAGGCGAACAGGCGGUUCAAAGAGAUCUCUGAGGCUUACGAAGUACUGAUCGAUGAUGCGAAGAGACGAACCUACGACCAACGAUUGUAUCAGAAGGCGUCCUCGAGGCCCGGCCGUGGAUUCACCUACCGGAGUUACUUUGACUCUCCUUUCCAGCGAUAUUUCGAAAAGAAAAGGCGAGUGUACGACCAGUAUGGAAAGGAGGGGCUUCAGAUGCCAGGUGGUAAGAGGCGGCACGACGACGACUUCGAUGCGCACUUCGCUGGCACCUUCGUCUUCAGAGAUCCUGAGGAAGUAUUUAGAGAAUUUUUUGGCGACUCCGGUUUUGAAGAUCUCUUCUCAGACCUUAUCGGAGUGGGACGCCGGGGAUCCAGGCACAGUCAUCCAACCAGUAACAGCAUAAGCACGUCCUUCUUUAGCCCGUUCGGCUUCGGUUUCUCACCGUUCAACAACUUGUUCGAAGGUGCGUCAGGGAACUUCACGUCGUUCAACACGUUCACGUCCUUCGGCGGGUCAAACGUUGGCGGUGCCGUGAGACGAACGAGCACCUCCACUCGGUUUAUCAACGGAAAAAAGAUCACCACCGAAAAGGUCAUCGAAAACGGGAAGGAAACGAUAAUGUCGUACGAGAACGACGUCCUGAAGUCGAAGACGGUGAACGGCGUGCCACAAUCAAUAACGUUCGACGAGUCAUCGACGAGUCGCCAGCUGACCGACAAUGCCAGCGAUAUCUCGAUGGCUGGCCAGAACUCGAGAACAGUCCACGGUGACCAUCAGAAGGCUAGCCGAAUAAAGACGCACCAUCCACCACUUCUCACUAAGAAGCACGAUAAGAGUAAGAGAAAAUAGAGGCAACACACUCUUGCAGCCUUCUCUCAUUCGUUUCUAUAUUAAUUACUAUCAUUAUUAAUUGUAUUCUCAUCUGUAUUUUCGUUAACUUUUUUUUGAUCCCUAUUCAUGAUAUAUAUGUAUAUGUUUACAUGUAUAUUAUUUUCGAGACAAACGCAAACAUACAUCAUACAUACGUUUAUCUUAAACGGCAUUCGUGAAUUUGUUCGUGACAAGAAAAAGAAAAAUUACUGGUUCAAUGCCUUGGUUGGCUAUCGUUUCACAUGUUCGGUUGAUCAGAAAUAAAAAAAAGAAAUUCGCUGCAAAGUAGUCUGAUUGUAAAGCUGUGAGUGAGAGAAAGGAACAGAGAGAUUGAUCGAGAGAGUAAAAGUCUUUUCUUUCUGCGGGCACACAGGAAGAGAAGGUUUCUCUUCUUUUUUUUAACUUUAUUUCACAGAACAUUCUGUUGCGUUUUAUAUAGAGUGCGCGUCGUUUCUGUUGAAAAAAAAAAGAUUUGGCGUGUUACGUUUAAAGUACGGUAAGUUUUCGCUUAAUCCUAGAUUCCUUAGAUGAUUAAUUAAUCGAUUAAUGAGUCCGUUACGUUGUUAGUUACGAUGAUAGAAUUGAUAGAUUCUUUAAGCCGCGACACGACAAUUAUACUAUUACGAUUAUUAUUAUUAUUAUUAUUACUACUACUACUAUUACUACUAUUACACGCGCUUCGACUGAGUUUUAACGAGUCUUAAGAACGUUAAACGAACACUUUACUUAACACGUUACAUUUUUUUUUCGCGGAAUGAGUUUUUAAGCAUACUACUAGGAAUCCGUUGCCCAGAGACAUCACUCUUUAGUUUCAACUUACAGCUGUAACCAGUGUUCUAGAGGAUUGUAUCGUAUCGCAAAUUAUGUGCUGUUGAAAACGCGCGAGCGUAAGAGCAUUCACGAUGGAAGAAAUGUGUUCCGCGGAGAAUGAAGGAUUUUCGUAUCGAUCACGUAUAUACAGGGCUAAGUUACUCUGUUGCGGAAAUGUUUUCCUUCAAUUAAAACCAGAACUUAAGCGUGGUAACGUCCUAUUCAUUUUUCUUUAGUUAGUUUCCCUUUGCGUAUGUGUACAUAAUGAUAAGGCAAAAGAAAUGUUAAAAUGGUCUUGAGUAACGAGGAAAGUGAGAGAAAAAAUACAUUGAUUAAUAUACACUAAUAAUAAUAAUAUCGUACGUAUAUUUAUAUAUACACAUAUAUUCCAUUGUUCUCAUGUCGAUUUAUCCAGACUCCAUUUCUUCUGAUUUUUUAAUAACUUUAUAAUAUAACGUGUGUAGGACAGGAAUAACGACGAUGGCAAUUGUAACAAAGUAAACUGGCAACUUUAUUAUUUCUUCAAAUUUUUUCGCUUUACAAAACGGGGUUUCGCCUGUGGUCCGAUUGUGAUCUCUUAAUAGAAAAUUGUGUAUAUAAAAGAUUUUUCCAAAAGCGAGUCGUUCUUUUCUUAAAUGUGCUUCGAUGUGGUAUUUAGAAAAGAAUCGUGUACAUGUAUUCGAAAAGCUAUUUAAGUGAGCGUGCAUGGGAGAAUUGAGAAUCCGAUCCUCCGUGAGGUGGGAUCAUGAGAGAAUACAGUUUCGGCGUUGUAAAUAGACCGAGUCCAGUGAUAGCGAAAUAAACGUUCAGCUACCACCGAGA